AUGGUUCACGCAAGGAUAUUGAUCAUCGUCAUUCUGUAUCUGGUAUACGUUUGCAAUGCCUCUACGUUAGGAUUAUACAAUCGAAAUGAAAAGUUUCAUUUUCGAUCGACAAAUCCUUCUCGAGGUAUUCAACAUUGGAUCUUUCCAAAUAGUAAAAACGCAAACAGUUUCAGUCUUAAUCAAUUCGGUCUUGGAAUCUUUAAUACUUUGCUGGGUCAAGGUAAUCCUUUUGCACAACCUGAACCGGAAUCUAAGUCAACUCAAUCGGGUAAUGAUGGUGUAAUUAAUGCUCUCGGUCCUGGACAAGAUCCUUCUCCGAUUUCUCGUAUUGAAGCAGAUGGACAGAGACACUACUACUUUCCUACGUCUGACUUCAACCGAGGAGUGUAUAUACAAUCUUCUACCAACUUGAACACCGUCUUAUCCCAACCUUCCAAUGAACAUUCAGUCUUCAACUUCACUUCUCAAAUUGGACCAGAAGCUCCUUCCUUAUACGAAUGGGACGCAAACAAUUAUCUUUUGUAUGUCAGUAGCGUAGGAGCGGACGGACAUGGUUACAUUUAUGUUUUGCACAAUGAUGGUCAAGAUCUUUUGAAUGGUUGGCAAAACUUAGGACCUGUAAGAUACGGAAAUGGUGAUCCGAUUAUCAAUUAUGAUGCAUACGCAUUCACACAUCCAAACGGUAAUCAUUAUUUACUCUAUAGUGGUUUACACUUUAUCCUUCUUUCACGUUUAGAUGGAUUCACACAACUUGCGCCAAGAUCAGAAGAAGUUGUCGUUGUUCCAGCAAGAAUGGUGAAUGGAACCACACCUGUGAUUGAAGCACCAGGUGCAUACAUUCAAGGAAAUACGCUCAACGUGUUUUAUAGCGAGAAUGGAUUCUUUGAACCUGCUUAUGAUACUCUCAAUAUCGCAAUAGACGUUUCUUUGGAUCCUUUACAAGUAAGCAAUUGGCGUAACAAAAGUACAGGUACUACAGUGUUGAAAUCCAACAGUAACACAGGUGUUUAUGGACCGGGUUCAGGUGGUGCAUUUAUUGGACCUGAUUCUAAACCUUGGUUCGCAUAUACUUGCUUUUAUGAAAAGGAUGGAUUCGAUCAAACAAAGGUAAAUCCAAGAAGAGUUCAAGCCCAACCACUUUCGUUUAAUGAAGAUAAUGUUUUGGUACAAAUCAUUCCCGAUAAACCUUUACGAUAUGUGAACGCUUGA